AUGCCCACACUAAAACAGCUCUCCUGCCAAAUAGAAUGGGCCGGCUCGAAUGUCCCAUUCAAGGAGUAUGGCACCGUCUAUGGCGACGGGUACGUGGAAUGCUACAUAGCCAUUCCCAACUCAUCUACUCCCUUCUCGAUUAAUUUGAGGUCGGACGGCUACAUUGCGGCAGGCUUAGCUAUGUUUGUCCUCAUGGAUGGAGUCUACCAAUGCAAUCGGAAUAGAGAUGACCUGCGGCAAAUGGGCAAGUCAUCAGACGCAACGACAAAAUUUAGAGAUGUUAACUUUAGAGUCCGACAAAGGGAGGAGCGGCUGCCGAAUGGCGGAUGGGUUGGGAGACCCUGGAGAUUCGCGCCAUUCCAGCUAGUCAGAUCCCCAGAGAACAAUCGUGAUAUCGCAAAGCACUUUGAAAGAUUGGGUACUAUACAGGUUGUCGUUCUUCGCUGCGCGGCGCAUCCAAGGGCAAACAUUACCAAAGAUGAUGACAUAUCAGACGGCACAAAGACUCCGGAAUCCGGAAUGGCUCCCGGUUCGGAAGAUGAUGGCUCUAUCUCAAGUGAAGAGUCGCUCGUAUAUGAAAACCACAACAGUCGAUUCCAGGAAGGCAAUGAGGAAAUUUGGGGGGCUUUCAGAGGAUUGUUUGAUGGGCCCUAUGACAGUGAAUAUUAUGUCCAGAAGCCACCAAAUCAGCACAGUUACCCAGGUUGUUGCCUGUGCCAUCGCCCCAGUGAUAAUUCCCAGGCAAAACCUUUUGGGUAUACACAUGGCCAUAUCGGCGGAUCUUGUCAGAAUCAUAAGCAUUCUCAGCAACAGCCCGCUCCUGAAUCGAAUUGCCAUGCGGAUCUCUCCCGCCAAGAAACCAUAAUAGAUGCGCCUGACAUUCCUCCAUGCGGCAGGCGACUCCCGGGGGGUCACAACUUACGACCUCCCAGUGGUUGUUGCAUGCCUCGGCCGAACUUGCCGGUGAAUAUUCAUGAAAAUUAUUCUCAUCUCACGUUCCCGUCGAAUGGAUAUAUACGGAGUUCUACAUCUUCAGGAGGGCCAAACAUGGUGAACGCCAUUUCGAAUGGGGAGGAUCAAGGUGGUAGUCGAUUUUCCGCACCACCCAUUGUAUUGAAUAUUAGUCCCCAUAUAUGUAAAGAGAGCGGCCAUUCUCACGGAAAUAAGCAUGAUAAAUGCCCAAAGUCGGAUAAUAAUGGUUAUUACGUGAUUUCUGAUGGCAAGCGGGUCCCCGAGAGUUCAAGCUGCGGCUGGCGCCAACACAACUCUUGGGAGGGCGGCGCUGGCGUAGGUGAUAUUGGGAGAAAGAAGUCUAGGAGGAGCAGGCGAAGGUCUCGACGCAAAGAUAUGCAAGAGGGAUAUCAAGCAGAUUCAAAGCAACAAGACGAAGGCCCUAGUUCAGAGUGGAAUGAUAACAAACGAGACCAAGAUGGGUGUAGUACUUCGGGUAACAAUGAACACCAAAGACAGGAUCGUUGCGGCGUGGAUGGCGAGGCUACCCCCCGCCCAUGGGCGGAGAGCAACCAAGCCGACAAUACUAAUAAUGUCAUUUCACCCCCAGGAGACUGGGAUAACAGUGAUGGGAACCACCGAAGUUCCAGUUGGAAUCAAAACGCUGCCUCUAGCCCCAAGACUCAAUCAUUUGUAUCACUGAACCAACAUCAAGAGCCCCCAACGCGACAAACCCACGAGUUUGACCAAUUUUGUGUCUCACAACGACCUGUUUUCGUUUCCCCAAUGGUUUCGGAAUGGGCGACGGAUGAGCCUCCGUUGUAUACGGUUCCUGAGUCGGUUGCGCGUGCAGAAUCCCUUACCCACCAGGUUCAAUUGGGGCCACAGGCGAGAUAUACGCACAGGAUCAGGACCCCUGAGUACUUGGAUACUAUGGACAAGCCAUAUGCAGAGUUCAUUUUCAAAUAUCGGACAGCGGGUGAGUCUCUGAUUGCGAUAUUGGACCUGUUCCGACCGCUGAGCAAUUCGUUAGAUGUGAUACAAAACAAAUUCGACGUAGAGGUCGCUUUAGAUAUUGAUGAAGAGAGAAGAAAACUUGAGGCACUUCCAAGAUUUGAAAUUGUGAAUCAACUCCUUCGCGCUCAGGGCCUCCUCUCAACCUCCGACAUGAACAAUAAUCGUAGUCCCAGACCAUCACCACCAGCUCCACUUGCACUGCUCCUAUCACCGACUGAACGAACCACACCCAUGGAUAGUUUGCCAAAUAUGAAUGGCAACUUGCAAAAUCCCGGCAAUGGGAAUCGGUUUAGUUGCGUUGCCAAUAGCCCGCCCUGUCCUCCUCUAGGCAGUCAACGGCAGCAAAGUGGCUCUGGUGGCGGAAAUACCAAUACACAACCAAAUAACGGAUUCCUUGCUUCACUGAAUCCGAGACUGGAAAAAGUAUCGCAAAGCAGCAAUGGUGGUAAUGGGGGCUGGAACGAAAAGUCUUCACACAUGAAUCAGAACAGCGAUAACGGUUUCCUUAACACCUGUGAUAACGAUAACAACCUUCGGCAAGGUUGGAAUACAUCAACGACAUUUGAUGACUGUGGCGGAGGAAAUGGGGUCCCUGAGAAUGAGUCAGGACACUGGAAUUCAGGGGGAACAAAUGAAGCCCACGUGGAGUGGGGCAAGUUGUGA